AUGUUUCAUCUUUUACUCUCUCGCUCAUUAUCAUGGCCAAGUUUUCUGUCUCCAAAACCACCAUCAUCAACAGAUGUUGAACCUACUUCGCCUAUUUCACCGGUGUCUGAAUCCUCAUCUCAAAAUUAUCUCGAAUCAAACAUCACUCUAUCGAAACAGGUUCAAUUGUCUAAGAAUAAAGAUGUUACACAAUCACUCGUUAAACGAGAUGUGUCAUUACCGGUAUUACCCGAUCCAAAACAAUUAGAAAUAUUAGGUAAACAUUAUUUGACGCGAGAAGAUUUAGAAAAAUUAGUACAAUUGAGAUUUCAACAGGAGACACCGAUGCAACGAGUCAAAUAUUAUCUAUGGAAGGACGAAUUGGGUCGGUAUCCAGUAUAUGCCCGUCGUAAAGAUUACACAUGUGUGGGUGUUAGUAUUAUCCAGGGCCAUAUUUAUGGAACUUAUCGUCUACGAGAGAUGAGACCCGUUUACGUUAGACAGACAUCCUUACUAAAAUUUCAAGAUAGAUUCACCGCCGAACGUGCCAUGAUGCAAAAUAAUGUUGUCAAUUGGAUGAAAGGAGCCUAUCGUACAGGAUUAUUAACUUAUUGUGGCUUAGAAAUAAUACUAACAUCGUCUUUAGCAAUACAAGCCUAUAGAAACAAAUCAACAAUUUUCGAUUUUAUACCGGGAUGUGCUUUUGUUGGAUUUUUAAUUAAAGCGUUACAUAGUCCAAUGGGUGCAUUGAUUUCAACUGGAUUUGGCGUUGUGACCGGUUUUGGUUGUGGCACGUUAGUUUAUUUAGCAAAUUAUUUGAUUGAUGAGAACUAUGAAACAUUGCAUCAUAAAUCAGUGGCUGAAUGGAUUUUGUAUCGAGAAAAUGCUGAGUUAUGGGGUGUUCAUGUUGAUAAAUUACCAGAAGAUUAUAAACCACCAGAAAUACCAGAAAAAUUUGGUGUCGGAUGGCACAAAGCCACAUAG